CACGGAUUCGGGAGCAGCCAUGGCUGGUUUUUAGCGAAUCAGCUCAUAUUUGCGUGUCGUCUAGGGUCGAGUCCCCGGUGCAGCAAGUCGCAACCGCAAUCUGACGAGAGCACGCUCUUAGGGACGGUGUUUUCGUUCAGGCGGGCGAAGGAAGGCCGUCGAUCGGUUAGAAUCAGCGUACCAGAUUGUACCAAAUCCCUCAGUUGGCUCUUGAGACGACUCAAGAGUCAUCUCGUACAAAGGUCAUCGCCGGGUACAAUCAGCGUACUAGAUUGCACCAAAUCCCUCACAACUCGCGAACGCUCGACAUGGCCAACAGCGUGCAUUCGCGAUCCCUGUUAGGAGCCAUACGAAUUUCGCUGCAUAGUCUACUCUCGCCAUCUCUCCUCCUCCUCAUCCUCUUACUCCUCGUGCCGUCUCAGCAACGCUCUAGCAGUAGUAGUACUACCGGCGGUAUUUGCACGGAUACUAUCAGCGGGAUUCGCGCCGCGAUCGCCGCUAAGAAGUAUGUAGCGCGCAAGGAGGACGUGCCGCUGAUUAAGUGCGGCGUGUGCGCGCUGCUCGCGAAGAACCUGCUGCGGCAAGUGCGGGAGAAACGCGCGGAGGUCGCCCCGAAGAAGCUACCGGAGCUGAAGAUCAUUGAGCUCGUAGAAUCAGCGUGUGACGUCAGCAAGGACGAAGGCGAUUGGAUCCAAUGGCUGGAUAUCCAGGAGAGGGGGGACAAGCUCGAGCUCAAGGAGUUCCCCUACCCUGGGGAUUGUCGCACCGAGUGCAAGACCAUUCAGAAGUCCUGCCAGGAGGUGGUUGGCUUCUCAGACACCGACGUGGCAGAGCUCCUCUACUCCCAGCCGUCCAUCCAAGAGGCUGACUUCGUGAAAGAGCUCUGCCACGAGAUCACCCCCACAUGUCGGAAGAAACCUCCUCCACUUCCCAAGGGUCGCAAGCCAGGGGAGGCGUUCAGUCGCAAGAGCAGCACGGAGGUGGAGAGGGAGAGGAUGAUGCGGGAUAUGGACUUGAAGUCAGAGAAGUACCGCGAGGAGAACCCCCACGCCCCUCGCAUGCCCAAGAUGAAGCUGUACUCGCGCGACGACCUCUUAAAGAAGACGACUAUGGGGGGGGUGGGAAUGGGGGGAGACGAUGAGGAGGAGGAGGAUGAGGAAGGGGAGGAGGAGGAUCCCGAGGAGAAGCUAAGGAACGAGCUGGGCCCUGGUACCCAUGUCGACAUGGAGGCCAUUAGAGCCGCUCUGAAGGCUGCUGAUGAAAAGGAGAAGCAGCAGGAGGCGGCACUGAACUCCCCUCUUCGUCGAAUCUACCUCUCCUCUCAAGCGUUCUUCCAGCGGGCUUCUGAGAGUGGGGCAACUCUUGUGAAGCGGUUCCAAGGCACAACUGUCGGCAAGCACACCAACAAGCUCAUUCGGCAGGUUCAACGGAGCUCCGCAGCCAAGGAAGCAAAGAGACUGCUCAUCAGGGCAAGGAAGAGUGAUGUAGGGAAACGGGUUGUGUCGAUGGUAGGGCAUGUGAAUGAGGUGGUUGGUAAGGUGGGGGUGAAUGCCAUGCAUAUGGUUGAUGGUCUUCUGUCUAAGCUUGUCCCUCCGAACAGGAAUAGCAUUAAGGAUGGACAUGGGGAAGAGCUGUAACAGUAGCUGCUCCAAUGCUUGUUUGAGAGCUUCAGUAGUGUGCAUUGGUGGUGGUGCUACAUCAAGAAGUGAGUAGACCGCAGCAAGUUUGAAAAUUCCCAUCGAUGGUUGUAGGUGGAUGUCAGUUAGCCCGCGAACCCAUUUCAUGUGCUCAUACGAGAUUUUGGAGCUUAGCAUAAGCCUGUCGGCUUGAAUUCGAAUUACAGAUUACGCAC